AUGUCCUUCGUCAUCGCAGGGAGUGUACCAUGGCACGAAGGCGAAAAGAAAAUGCACGAGUUGAUGCAGUCUCCAGAAGAACUCAAUCCCAGCGCUCCUUACUUGAGCCCUGGCGCCGCACAUCUGGUGCAGAGAGCGCCGCUAAUCGCUCUAGGCACCAUUGACAGUCAAGGGCGGCCAUGGGCGACUGUAUGGGGUGGAGAAGCUGGUCUUGCCGGGCCAGUUGCGCAGUCUAUCAUUGGUAUCAGGAAUUUUGUUGAUAAGACAUAUGACCCUGUAGUAGAAGCGCUCUAUGGUGGGAAACGCAAUGGCGAAGUGGUCAAGGAGGAGGGUAAAGGCCGGUUGAUGUCUGGGCUAGCUGUGGACAUGGAGGCGAGGAAAAGGGUGAAAUUGAUGGGGAGAAUGGUCGCGGGAAAUCUAACUGGGUUGGAGGCAACAGCUCUCGAUAAGAAAGGGAAUGAACCUAUGCAUGCUGGUCAAGCCCAGCUCGUUGUUAGAAUUGAACAGAGUCUCGGGAAUUGCCCGAAAUAUAUUAAUCGAAAACAAAUCACGCCAGUUGUGCCAAACCCAAAGCUGAUAUCAAACUCAGCACAACUUUCCCCGGGUGCAAUCGAACUUCUUCGCCGGGCUGAUUCCUUAUUUAUAUCAUCUUACCAUGAAGACUCCAUGGAUACCAACAUUCGCGGAGGCCCUCCAGGUUUCGUCCGUGUAGUCUCCAACGAUAUCAGCGGGGCUGUAAUAGCUUACCCAGAGUACUCUGGCAAUCGCCUCUACCAAACAUUAGGCAAUCUGCAGAUGACUCCACUUGCAGGUUAUGCAUUUCCAGAUUUUGAAACGGGGGAUAUCCUCUACUUGACAGGUGCCACGGAAAUUCUGGUUGGGAGGGCUGCAGCCGCCCUCCUCCCUCGGUCGAAUUUAGCUGUCAAAGUCACGGUAACCAGCGCGAGGUAUGUUGAAAAUGGCCUUCCAUUUCGAGGACAGCCGGGCCAACCGUCUCCAUACAACCCGCCGGUCUCAGACGAGAAUUCCACCACAGCGACAUUUAUAAAAAAGGAUAUCAUCACACCCACCAUUGGUCGAUUCCGAUUCAAGAUAUCUGAUCCCUCGAAAGUCGGAAAGUGGACGCCAGGGCAGUACGCAACCUUUUCUUUUGCCGGCGAACUGGAUAUGGGAUACAGCCACAUGAAAGAUGAUGAUCCCACCAGCAUCAACGACGACUAUAUCCGCACUUUCACCGUAUCGUCAUACCCAGGAAGGGGUAUCUCCAACGACGAAUUUGAAAUUACAGUCAAGAAGCACGGCUCCACUACAAAGCAUAUGUUCCAAUCGAGCGAGCGGAGUGGGGUAGAAGUGCUGCUUAAGGGGUUUGCCGGCGAGUUCAGUUUCAAAGACGGAGCCGAGGGUGCAACCACGCCCCUCGCUUACAUUGCUGGUGGGAUAGGGAUUACUCCGCUCAUUGCCCAGCUUCCUGGGAUAGAUAUUUCCAGAUUACAUCUUUUCUGGUCCGUUUCCGCUCGGGAUCUAGGGCUUGUACUUGACACCUUCAAACUCUUUCCAGAGCUGCCCAAAUCUACCACUCUCUUCAUAACUAGCUCUCAAUUUGCAAAUAAUCCCAUUGCCGAAGAAGCAACUUCCUUAGAAGCUAUCAAUGAUUUUGGGGCACAGCACUAUCGCCGGCGAAUGGAGGCGACUGACCUGGGUGUUGUUCCUGGGGUGGAGGAGUGGUACCUGUGUGCGGGCACUAGUCUGAAGGCUUCAGUGCUGAAUUGGCUUGUGGGGAAGAAAGUUAUUUAUGAAGAUUUUAAUUACUGA